UCAUAGCUGUUUCGUUUUUUUUUCAUAUAUCUCCAUGUAUUGCAGUCCGCUGAUCCUGUCUGUAUAUGUGUCUGUGUGUUUUCCAGACUCUCCUGAUCUCACGGCCGGCAGCCUGGAGCCACUCACCAGGUGCCCUAGGCUGCACAUUCUCACCCUGUCCGGCGGCGUCCCUGACGCCGUGAGCCUGGAGCCCCUCACCAGGUGCCCUGAGCUGCGGUGGCUGUCAGUCACCCCCGCCGACCUCCCGCGACUGAGGGGGCAGCUGCCGAAGUGCCUCUGGCGCCUCAAUGUCAGAGGGCCGGAGGUGACGGAGCCGAGGUGGCCGAAACGGUACUGGGUUGACGUUCUGUCAGUGUCGCUCCAGGGGGUGGCUGCCGACACCAUCAGUCACCUGGCUGAUCUGGGACGGACGGUCACACGACUGGAGAUAUACGACUGUUCUGAUCUCACGGCCGGCAGCCUGGAGCCCCUCGCCAGGUGCCAUGGGCUGCGGGGUCUCACCCUGUCCGGCGGCGUCACUGACACCGUGAGCCUGGAGCCCCUCACCAGGUGCCGUGAGCUGCGGGGUCUCACCCUGUCCGGCGGCGUCCCUGACACCGUGAGCCUGGAGCCCCUCACCAGGUGCCCUGUGCUGCGGGAACUCACCCUGUCCGGCGGCGUCCCUGACGCCGUGAGCCUGAAGCCCCUCACCAGGUGCCCUGAGCUGCGGUAUCUCACCCUGUCCGGCGGCGUCCCUGACUCCGUGCUGGACAGUCUCAGCGGCUGCCCCGGGCUGUGGUGCCUUACACUGGGGGACCGCCAGCGGCCGGCAGAGACGGCCUUCACAGCAGCAGCGUACACCAGACUGGUGAAGUCGUGUCGGCAGCUGCAGUAUCUGUACCUUCACUGCACGGCAGACACCACCCGGGCCGUGCUGACCGCCCUGAAGGAGGCGGACCUGGGCCGGGACAGUGAUGGCGAGCGCCGUACCAUCUAUCUCAGUGUCCCCGGGGAGCUGUGCCGUCAGCUGAAGAGCCAGGAAGGCCGUUGGGUCAAAGUGUGGGAGUGGAAGUAUUGAUGCGCUGCACUACCGACCGUGCAGUGAUGAGCUGACUGCAGAGAGGCCGAGCCAGUCGGCCGGGGCCGCCAGCUGACUGCUGCCGUGUGUGCUGCACCAGCCGGCACUGAGAGCGGCGCCGGUCAGCCGGCACACGGCCCCCGUGUCCGCUCUAGUGUAGUGAUCUAGUUGUAGUAGUAGUAGUGUAGAUGUAGUAGUAGCACACGGAUGUGAUGUAGUGGGUACUUACCGGGCGGGUAUUGUGGGUAAUUGCACGGGAGAUGUGACGUAGUGGGUAGUUACCGGGUGGGUAUUGUGGGUAAUUGAACGGAAGAUGUGAUGUAGUGGGUAAUUGCCGGGCGGGUAUUGUGGGUAAUUGGACGGGAGAUGUGAUGAAGUGGGUAAUUACCGGACGGGUAUUGUGGGUAACUGGACAGUGAGAUGUGAUGAAGUGGGUAAUUACCGGGCGGGUUAUGUGGGUAAUGGGACAGUGAAAAGUGAUGUGCUGAAGAGACUACCGAUCGUGGCAUUACGCUAUUCUGUAUGUAGAACACACGUCUCUGACCGUCCGACUCGGUUCACCGCGCCUGGUCCCGGCGGCACGGCCGGCCUCGGUCACGUGACCGUCCCCCGGUGGAGUCGGACGGCUCGGUCACGUGACCGCUCCCCCCGGGUCUGACUGCACCUCGGCUCGGCGGUGCUGAGCGCCGUGCUGAGCGUGUUGUGACACGUCCCACACGGAGAGCUCUACUCGACUACUGGCUAGCUGCCGUCCGAGCUGGCAGUAUACACACGGUGCCAGUUCAGACGGCGGCCGGCCGCGCCGCGCCCGCCCGCUCCGGUCCCGGCCGGCGGCCGUCACCCGGCCCGGGGCGGGGACCGGUCCGUCAGCUGAUUGGUCCGUCAGCUGAUUGGUCAGUCAGCUGACCAUUGGUCAGUCAGCUGAUUUGUCAGUCAGAUUGGUCAGUCAGAUGUCUAUUAAAUACACGAGAUGAGACGCUUCA